CAUAGCAGCAGUGGUCCCUAGUAAAAUCAUGUGAUUUGAUAGUAGUUUGUUAGUUAUUUGGACAUAAGCUAAAGGUCGCUGUGAUUUCUCAAAUCGCAAAAGUACCAUAUAGAUGCCAGAUUUUUAUUGAUCAUUGUCGUAUAAACAUUUAUAGUUUGUUUUUUUUUUUUCGUCUGUUAUGUUUUAGGGCAAUCGUGUAAGGUCGCUCAGAAUCGCUUUAGUUGCAUAUUUCUUCUAAAGAGAAUCUUAUGGUUUAUUUGUAUUUUAUUUGAUUUCUCGCCUACAUCUACACAUUCCAGACUGGUCCAUAUAGAUACCAGAUUUACGAUAGCCGGCAGCCAUAGAACUAUUUUGGGUUUCUAAGAAAGUCAUGUGAUUCGGUGGCGGUUUCUUAUUUCGAUAUCAACAAAAAGUCGCGUUGAUGACCCGAGCAUCCGGCAAAAGUAGCAUAGGUUGCACCUUUCUUGUAAAUAUGAAAUGUUUUGGCUUAUUUGUUUAUUUGAACACUGCUCCAGACCUCCACUGACAUCUUGCCUCUGGGCUCGUUGUGUUUAUUAAUUAAUUUCACUCGUAACAAUCGUAAAGCAAACAAGAAAAAGUAUGGGAAGGGGGUUAGCUCUACACAGCUAACGACAAUCGCUACAACAAUUACAAUUGCAAGUCAACGAGCGGGUAAAUAAAUAUUUAUGGAUGGCUAAACUCUGUUGGCCACAGUGCCAGCCACAAGUGUUUGUCCCCAUGAGCUGAAAAUGCAGUGGAGCCGAGCCUUCGGUAGUAGUUUGGUGGCUCGGUGAGGAUGACCCACUCACCGAAAGGGAUUCCAAGGGCUUUGGGGCUGCGGUUAUGGUUAUCCUUCGCCGGGUUACCCCAUUUCUAGCCGCACGUGGUGCAACACAACAGGCCGCUAUCUCUCGACGGGGUCGUAAAUGCCGUAGUAUAUGCCCAAUGCUGGCUCAACAGCAACAGCUUGUGGUUCCGUUUGGGCCUUUAUUUCAUCGACGGCCGGCAGACGGUAAAGACGUGUUCCGACGCCUAAAGGCAUAUUUGCUGAAUCUCAAGAGGCCCGAUUAGGGCAACUUAUCAACCCGAGCGAUUAGAUGUGCGAUUAGGGUUGCCGGGAAUAACCAGCUCAAUACCUUCAUCAGAAACUAUCAUCUGCAAUGGCAACUUUGGGCGCCUGGGACUACACCAUCCUGGCUGUGGUGCUGGUCAUCUCUGUGGCCAUUGGCAUCUACUACCGUUUCGUAGGCGGCAAGCAGAGCACCACCACCGAAUACCUGCUGGCGGAUCGUUCUAUGGGCGUUGCCCCAGUGGCCUUCAGCCUAAUGGCCAGUUUCAUGUCGGCCAUCACCAUACUGGGCGUGUCCAUGGAGAACUACCAGUACGGCACCAUGUUCGUUCUGAUCAACCUGUCAUACGUAGUUUCUACCCCGGUGGCCGCUUACCUUAUCAUUCCGGUUUUCUACCGCCUCAAAACGGCCAGCGUGUACGAGUAUCUAGAGUUGCGCUUUGGCUAUGCCACCCGAUUGGCCGCCUCGCUGAGUUUCUCGCUGCAGAUGGUCCUCUACAUGGGCAUUGUGGUCUAUGCCCCGGCCUUGGCGCUGGAAGCUGUCACUGGACUGAACCAGGUAUUCUCCAUUGUAAUCGUUGGAGUCGUCUGUACAUUCUACGCGACGCUCGGCGGGAUGAAGGCCGUACUCAUCACGGAUAUCUACCAGUCGCUUCUCAUGUUCGCCGCCGUCUUUAGUGUGAUUAUUUGUGCCUGGGUUAAGGCGGGCAGCUUGGAGGAGAUAUGGCGAGUGGCACAGGAAAAUGGACGUAUUAAUUUUACCAACUUUAGUGUAGAUCCCACGGAGCGUCACACCUGGUUCACCCAGAUACUGGGUGGAAGUGCCACCUACUUGGCUAUUUAUGGAGUGAACCAAACCCAGGUCCAGCGUCUGAUGGCGGUGAGGAGUUUGAGUGCCGCUCGAGCGGCUCUGUGGUGGUGCCUGCCCAUUCUAUGCCUGUUAAGUAUUAGCACCUGCUUCUCCGGACUAUGCAUCUACUGGUAUUACCGAAAUUGCGAUCCGUUGUUGGAAGGACGGGUCAACUCGCGUGAUCAGGUGAUGCCGCUCUUCGUGGUGGAUACGAUGGGCGAGUAUACCGGUCUAGCUGGACUGUUCGUUUCGGGGAUCUUUUGCGCCAGUCUCUCCACGAUUAGCUCCAUAAUCAGCUCACUGGCGGCUGUCACCCUGGAAGAUUACCUCAAACCCUUGUUUAGCUGCUGCACCAAACGCACGCUAUCCGAUCGCCAGACCUUGUGGUACUCCAAGUUGUUAUCGCUAUUCUUUGGAGCCCUAUGCAUCGGCAUGGCCUUUAUGGCGGGAUCGAUUGGAGGACUCCUACAGGCAGCACUCUCAAUCUUUGGCAUCAUUGGCGGACCUCUGCUGGGACUCUUCACGCUUGGCAUGUACGUGACCAAGGCCAACGAGAAGGGAGCCAUUGGUGGUCUGCUCAUCUCGCUGGCUUUCUGCUUUUGGAUUGGUUUUGGUCAACCAAAGCCACCAUUGAUUAGCUUGGAUAUGUCAACGGCGGGAUGUCCGAUAAACAGGAGCUAUGCCCGUGACGUUUUCCUCAUGACUGGUAAAGCGGCGGCGGAGGAUGAGCAUUUCUUUUACCUGUACAGGAUUAGCUACAUGUGGUAUGCUGCCUUGGGCUUCGUCAUUGCUUUUUUCGGUGGCUGGCUCCUGUCCUGGCUGUUUGCUCUUUUUAAUUGGGACAACAAUAGACGGAUCUACCAGGAUGCGGACUGUACGCUAAUAAAACACGAUCUGUUCGUACCGCCGCUGGCCAAACGUUUGCAACGGCGACAGAUGCCGCUUCUGGUGGUCACCGGGACUAGCUCGGAGAUUGGUGGAAUAUCGGUGGAGGCAGCUUCGGCGCCGCCGCGGCUAGACGAGAUCGAGUGGGAGAAACACAAGGCUGUGGCGUAGCUUAAAGUGCAAUUUCCAGUUUUUAUUUUUAAUACCCUUGCUGGCUACUUCUCUAUGCCGACAUCCAUUUCGCUGAGUCAUCUGCUGUUCUUUUUUCUGGGAUCACCAUAUAAAUACGCUUAAAAAUGAUAAGAACUUGGCUGUUUUUUUUUGUUUUUUUUUUGUUUUUAUAUGGUUAGGUUUAUUAGCGAUUUUAAACGAGUCUAAAUAAUCGACACUAUCAUUAGAAAUGUUUUAAAAACUAUAAUGGUCAAAAAAAAAAAAAAAAAGAAAUACAUAUUUAUUUAUAACGUCGUUACGAAAGUAGAUCAAAUUGAACCAAUCAUAUCGGAAUAUUAUAUAGUAUAUAAUUGUAUGUCUGCAAGGGUAUACCCAUCAUCGCUCUCCGAAGAGCGUACUAGCCUUUUGCCUCUUGUCACAUUAUAUAUAUUUUAUAUUAGCUGAACUUUGGCUUUUAAUAAACGAGCUUACUUCAUUAA